AAAUACUCUAUGCUUAUAAGACCAUUGACAAGGCACUUCGGUAGAUGAACAUGUCAAAUAAUAAGUCAAUUGUCAAUUCCAAAGUGUCAAAGUGUAGAGUAGAGUGUGUACGUCUGUACGUUUACUAGCGGCUAUAAUGCCUUGAAUGUUCAAAUCCUAAAUUUUUCUGUAUUUUGCUAACAAUAUGAUGUGUACCGUAUAACAAACUAAUUGAGGAUAUUGCCGUUAUCGACUAAAAUAGUUGUUCGAAGAAAAAUCCUAUUAAGAUGUCUAAAUGGCAAUCGGAGCGUAGCAUCCACGAGAUGCUAAAAGACACUCCGCCGCUGCGCGAGUCCAGCGACUCCAUCACGUCGGGCACGGAGCCCAAGUUCCCGACGUCGCGCUCCAUGCCCUUCCCGCCAGCGUACGCGCCCCCGGACGUGUCGCAGAAUGGCGCCGGGUCCAGCACGCUGCUGCGCGCCGGCUCGUCCAAGCUGGACGCCAUCCGGAACUGGGGCGUCUCCACAUACAAGUGCACCAAACAGAUACUCUAUGAGAAGCUCGGCAAAAGCUCGCGGACUGUGGACACAGAGCUGGAGGCCCAGAUCGAGAUGCUGCGCGAGACGCAGCGCAAGUACGCGGGCGUGCUGCGGCUGUCGGGCGCGCUGACGGCGCAGCUGGCGGCGGCGGCGGGCACGCAGCGCGCGCUGGGCGAGUGCUUCGCGGAGCUGGCGCAGAAGUCGCCCGAGCUGCAGACGCAGUUCCUGUACAACGCCGACACGCAGCGCACGCUCACGCGCAACGCCGACACCUUGCUGGCCGCGCUGCACUUCUUCAACAACUCGCUCGCCACGCUCACGCACAAGACCAUCGAGGACACGCUGCUCACCAUCCGCCAGUACGAGGCCGCCAGGGUGGAGUACGACGCCUACCGCAGCGAGCUGGAGGCCAGCGGCGGCAACCCGCCCGAACUGUUGCUGGCCAACAUCGAGCGACACCGGCGCCACUACGAGCGCCUGCGGGACGACUCCGCCGUCAAACUCAAGCUGCUGCACGAGAACCGGGUGAAGGUGAUGAACAAGCAGCUGCUGUUGUUCCACAACGCGGUGUCGGCCUACUUCAGCGGGAACCACGUGGCGCUGGAGGCCACCGUGCGCCACUUCAACAUCACGCCGGCGCCGGCGCCCGCCCCCGCGCCCGCGCCCCUGCCGCCGCUGUCCUCGCCCCCGGCGGCCGCGCCCCUGUCCGCGCCCCCGCCCGCACCCCUGUCCGCGCCCCCCGCGCCGCGCCCCGCGUAGUGCGCGUCCUCUCCAGCACUCACGCGCCUUUUUGUUUCACUAACAUUAAUAUAACGUCUUUCUAUUGAACAAUAGUCUAACGACAUAUGAAUGAUAGGAAGACCUUGCAGUUAAUGUGAAUGUGACACAUCAUCUUGUUUGCCCUUAGUUCUGACUAAGUACUCACAGUGAGGUGCCGGGCAUGCUUCGUGCGUCCCACUGUGACUAUAUCGUCACGAAGGCCGCGAGAUGAGUGCUCACUACUACAUGUCCCACUGACGUAGCUCUUUCUAUGCAUCAAUGUUUAACUGUUUUUGAGGAUCUCAACAAUUACUAAAUCAACUGCUUCUUGUAAGUAAGCUCUAAUCUAACAAGUUGCUUAGGUCGUAAGAGUAUUUUUGCACAUAAUGCAAGUUACACCUGUAUCAAAUAACUGGUAUUAUACAUUAUCAAAUAGACUAAUUUAUUAUUAUUUAUAAGUCUCGUAGACAAUUGUUAAUUCUUAUUUAAUUACAGUAUUAUGUAUUGUAUAUGUAUUGCUUUAUGCUUACCUAGUUAUUAAAAGAGUUCAAUCUAAUCUUCCAUGAGAGGUACCCUGCAAUGUGACCAUUUUCUGAUGUAUCAAGCAAGUGUAUAGGGAAUUAGUUAGAGUAUAUUAUGAUGGUGGCCUGGAUGAGUAAUGUCACCGGUACUACUGCGCACGUUCUCAUAUCUAAAGCGUAUCGGGUCAGGAUUACUCAGAUCUUAACACAUUGACUGUCCCAUCUAUUUUGGAUAAUCUCGUGGUACGUCCAAUGGUACCAUACUUAAAAUGUUCUACUGAUUAAAAAAAUAACAAUUUUCGAUGGGACAUUGAGUUUUAUUUUUGUCUAGUCUGUUCAUACGUCCCUAGAAAAAUAAAGUUCUAGCUCACACGUCCAGUGCAGUAAACGCAGUUCAAUUGCCACUGAUUAAUGCACGGACAGUCAACGUGUUAAAUCAUAAGUCAUUUUUAUAUUAAAACACUGUAUAAUCUUUUAUACAAGCCCACAUUCCUUAAUGCGACCUUCAGCUUGUCCUGCUCGUAGCAAUACCACUAAUGGAGUGAGUUUUGUAAUUUAUUGUUAUUACUGAAUGUCUAUCAAAUGAAUAUUAGUUUUAUGAUUUUAAAUUGUUCAUGUUCAAUCCUGUUCAUUUGCAGUUUAAACGAAAACCAAGUUGAUUAAGACUGAAUCUCAUAAGUCGAUCUCAUACAUUUAUAUUCUCUCAUGAGUCAAGUAAUCAAAAAAUCGUUAAAAGUGCCAAUGGAUGGGAUUCCAGACAGUGACAGUGAUGACAAUAUUGCACCGAGGUAGCUCGAGUAUCAUAGGUAGGAUCUGGAGCACAUGCUCGUGUAGCUAGUCAAGUUAUUGUUUAGUUGAUUGUAUGUCCAUGUGACUGUAAUAUUAUUUUAGAGAACUAAUUAUACACUAUUAUUAUAAAUGUAUGACAAUGUGUUUAUCAUAUUUUAUAGGAAGUGUUAAAUAGAUCACUGGCCUCUUUAA